GGUGGUGUUGGUUCGUUCCUCUUGGUUCCUCGCCUCGCCUGUCUCUUCCGUCUGUCCUACCGUAUGCCGGUUUGCUUUGUCGGUUAUGCGAUCGAUCGGGGGCGAUGUCCUGUCCCGCAGAGAUGGAUCCCCUCUGUUCAAUAGGAGACUUCUAGACUUCUGGUUCGACAAGCUGAGAUGCCUGUCAGAGUGCAAUGCUCUUCCUGAGAUGGAGGGGAGUUGUUUAGAGAAGCCGAGAAUUCGCGGAAACUCACCGUCACUGAUCUGCCCAUUGGAAUUCUUUGUGGACCAGGACCUGCUAGUUUCGGAUACGAUCGUGCAAAUGAGUCUCAAAGGGAAAGGUGCCUCCCGUUUUGAACAGCGGUUGGCAGUCAGCUUCACGAAGAUCCAUCGAAAGCGGUCCGCAACUUCUAGUUGGAACGGAAUUGAUCUGACGGAUGCGGAAUCCGGGGAUAACUACAAGGGGCUGUUUGGAUAUAUGCAUGGCCGUUUCUGGUACUAUGGUACAAUAUUCUGCAACCUCAGGCUCAAUAAUGGAAACGUCAGUUAGGUAGUACCCUGAGCAUGCUCAUGGACAGGGCUACCGUCCGAUUAGCUGCUUCUUUGUGGUGACUUUGGGUAGGCCCAGGAGAGACGUGGCAG